CAAGCGCUGCAUGCAGCGUCGCACGCUUAUUCUUAUUAGCAUUUAGCAUUGAGGUUAUGUUUGUUUACAACUAAUAUUGUUCAAGUCUUUGUGAUUGCUUCAUUAAAACUUCUCAAUUGAAAUAAAAGUUACGGUAUAUCUAAAAGUAAUACAUGUAGUAUGGCUGAUGAGGGAAUUGAGCAAUAUAGUAACAAAAGAAAGAAGGGAUCUACUAAUCCAUCUGAAUACAAGAGGAAUGUUGUCAAAAAAGCAAGAGUCAAGGGUGCAGCUUACGUCAACUGGAAGAAUCAACAACAACCUGAAAUAUCUCAGGGAGCUGAUUGCAAAUGUAAACGUCGCUGCUAUGAUUUAAUCAAUGAAGAGGUUCGAAACAUGAUUUAUGCCAAGUUUAGGAGCUUUGAAACGAAAAACGAGCAGGACAGCUACCUUCAAAGCUUGAUCUCAGUUACUCCAGUAAAGCAACGUCGUCGUAGAAAAGACCAAGAUGAAUCAAAACAACCGGACAGAGGAGCCAUUUAUGUUUAUGAAAUUUCAAGUGUUAGUGGAAAAUACCAGCUCAUCGCUAUAUCGAUGGACUUGAGAGCCACACUUUUCGCUUACGGAACACAUAUUCAGAUGUUAUCACUCUCCCAGACGCAGUAGCCUACACAGAAGGAUUUAUUCCCAUACUCCACACCAAAAUAAGUGACAUUAAGAAGCUCAAGG